GAAAAUAAAUCACACAUGAAGGACAAUGCGUACAAACAAAAAUCUCACAAUAUGACUUGAAUGUUGGGGGAUUGGAUUGAUUUGCUUGAAAACUCACCAUUUGAGUUGCAGGACAGUGGAAGUGACUACAGAAAAUAAUGGAACAACUUCAGUAGGAAAUCAAGGUGCUUAACUUGUGGGUCUUUCUUUCAUAUCAAUCAAUUGAUAUGGUACCGUAAAAAGGUCUGUCAUUUAAAUUCCAUGGUUUAGAAUUGCAGAGACCAGCUGGAACCCUAAACCACAGGGCGAAGGAAAAAAUGGAGAAAUUAUUACAGAGUCGGGGUGCAUUCAUCAAGAUCCCACGGACGCAAUUAACAAAGACACUUUCCUAUUGUAUCACUGUAGGCAAACAAAAACCAACAUUAGUUGAAGAAGAAGAAGACGAACUGGCAGAAAAAAUAUGCAAUCUGCUCAAUCAAAAUCAGUGGAACUCUAUUGUCACCAAUGCAGACAUUGCAAAAAAGCUGAACCCAGAUUUAAUAUACAGGUUGCUGCUCAAGCACCAGGUAAGAGAUAUUAAACUGAUUCGUCAAUUUUUUGUUUGGUCUGAAACACAAAUGGGUAGUCCUCACAGUGUUCAUUCAUAUUCAAUCAUGUUGCAUACACUGUCAAGAGCAAAAAUGUUUGGAGCUGCAAAUGGCGUUAUACAAGGUCUGAUUGGUCCAGAAAAAUCAUCUACCCCACCAGCCAAUUUGGUAGAUACACUUGUGGAGACAUACAGAGACUGUGAUUCAUCCCCAAUGGUUUAUGACAUAUUAAUUGAUUCAUAUAUUCAGAGUGGCAAGAUCCUUCAAGCUGUUGCUGCAUUCCAGAGAUUGCAAAAGCAUGGUAUUAUGCCAAGUUUGAGGUGUUGUAAUGCAUUGCUUAAGGCACUGUCGAGAGCAAACAGCGGGGACAUGGUUGGAACUAUCUAUCAGAACAUGUUGGAUGCUAAGAUGGCGCCUGAUGUAUAUACUUAUAGUACCAUGAUUCAUGCUUAUUGUAACCAAGGGAGGUUGGAAGAGGCUAAGAAGAUGCUCUUUGAAAUGGAGGCUAAGGGCUGCAGUCCAAAUGUUGUUACUUACAAUACCUUAAUUGCUGGAUAUUGCAGAAAAGGAGAUCUUAAGGAAGCUUUUGGUCUGAAAAAUACAAUGUCUGUAAAGGGUUUGGUUCCUGAUAUUUUUAGUUACAGUGCACUUGUAAAUGGUUUGUGCAAGAAUCAGAGAGUGAGUGAGGCGAGGGAACUCCUUGUGGAGAUCCGGGAGGUUGGUUUGAAGGCCGAUGAAGUUAUCUAUACGACAUUGAUUUAUGGGUUCAUGAAGGAAGGACAAAUUGAAGAGGCUUUUAAACUAAAAGAUGAAAUGAAGGCAAGAGGAAUCCAGCCGAAUGUUCAGACAUUCAAUUCACUCAUACACGGGGUCAGCAGGCGAGGUAAAGUGCAAGAGGCAACGAAGCUCUUGACUGAAAUGAGAGAGAUGGGAUUGAAACCGAAUGAGGCUACUUAUACUUAUGUGAUGGAGGGCCUCUGCAAAGAAGGAAAAAUGGAUGAGGUUUUUGAGCUGCUUGAUGAGAUGGUAAGGAAGAAUAUUGCACCUAGUGUUGUGACUUAUGGGGUAAUUAUACAGGGGCUCAGCAAAGUGGGCGAGAUGCAGAAAGCCAAUGAAGUCUUCAACAAAAUGGUGGAAAGAGGUCUGAGGCCCAAUGUUAUUAUAUAUACCACUCUUAUUAGUGGCCAUUGCAGGGAAGGUAAUACAGGUUAUGCUUUCAAGCUUCUAGAUGACAUGAUUAAGACAGGAAUUGUUCCAGAUGCAUAUACCUAUAAUACUCUUAUCCAUGGCCUUUGCAAAGCUGGCAAGAUUAAUGAGGCCUAUAAAGUGUUCAAGGAAAUGUUGGAUAAACAUUUAUCACCUAGUGCCUAUACUUACAAUACACUCCUAUAUGGUUAUUGUAUUUCUGGAGAGAUGAAUGAAGCAGAUCUGAUCUUCAGUCAAAUUCUUGCCAAAGGUUUGAUACCAAAUGAUGUUACUUAUACCAUCCUCAUUGAUGGUCACUGCAAGCAAAACAAUUUGGAUAAGGCCUUUGCUACGCUUGACGACAUGUUGCAAAAGGGUAUAUCUCCCUCUAUUCAUACUUACACUGUGUUCAUUCGUGGUCUAUGCAAUGCAGGAAAGAUGCAAGAGGCACACUGUCUCUUGCAAGAAAUGCAGUGUAAAGGUGUGGUCCCAGAUAUUGUUGCCUAUGGCACAUUGAUUAAUGGGUAUUGUAAGAAAGGAAAUAUGGAUGAGGCUUUACAGAUCCACAGUGAUAUUUUAAGAAAUGGUAUUCAGUCAAAUAUCAUUAUUUACAAUUCCUUGAUAAAUGGCCUAUGUGAGUUGGGCAAUUUGCAAGAGGCUGACAGGAUAUUCAAGGAAAUGUUGGAAAUGGGGUUGGUGCCUAAUAAUGUCACAUACACAAUUCUUAUUGAUGGACACUGUAAGAAAGGAACCCUCGAGAAUGCUCAUAAAAUAUAUGUGGAAAUGGUGAAAAAAGGGGUUACACCUGAUAAUUACAUUUAUGGUAUACUUUUACAUCGAUGUUGGAAGGAAGGAGCAUUUGUGGAAACAUUCCAGCUUCUUAACGAAAUGGCAGAACGAGGUAUUUCCUUGGAUAUUGCAACAUAUAAUGCAAUCAUCCAUGGAAUUUGCAAGAUUGGCAAUAUGCAGGAGGCUAGUCAACUGUUAAAGAGGAUGGUAGAUAAAGAAUUUCUACCUAAUCAUGUGACCUAUACCACCAUUAUUGAUGGAUAUUGCAAGGCAGGUAAUAUGCAAAAUGCAUGCAUGUAUUUGAAGGAAAUGCAGGACAAAGGUUUGAUGCCGAACGUUAUCACUUACACGGCAUUGAUUGAUGAGUACAUAAAACAAGGCAAUAUGGUUGAGGCCUUUCGUUUGUUCAAUGAAAUGGUUGAAAAAGGGAUUGCCCCUGAUGCUGUCAUUUACAGUGUGCUAAUUGAUGCUCAUUACAAACAAGGAAAUCUGAAAGAAGCCUCUAAAUUGUGUGAAGAAAUGUAUGAGAAGGGUAUGACUCCAUUUUCUGGUACAUAUGAUGUACUCAUCUCUGGCUGCUGCAAUGAAGGAAGGAUGACAGAGGCUCUAAAACUAUUAGAUGAAAUGGUGAAAGGAGGUGCUGUACCAGGUGUCACUACCUAUAACAUCCUGAUCCAUGGAUUUUGCAAGGAAGGCAAUAUGGAAGAGGCUUGUAGACUUCUGACAGAAAUGAUGAACAGGGAAUUGAUUCCCAAUAAUGCUACUUACAAAUAUAUGAUUGAUGGCUAUAAGAAAGUGGGCAACACUGAUGAAGCAAACAAAAUUUUGAAGAAAAUGGCUGAGAUGGAACCAAUGGCUGAGACUUAGAUUAAAUCACCGAGAGCAUAUAAGAGAUAAAAACUAAAAGCAGUACUUUCACAGUUGGAUAAGGGAAUAUGUAAUCUGUGGUGAUACAUAUAUUGUAUGCAGGCUGCAACGAUUGAACCACUGAGAAAGAUAUACAAAAGACACUUUUUUGUGACAUAGCCCUUAUCCAACAUGUGCUUAUUCACUUGAUGAUGAAUGAAUAUGCAGGUCAUGAGUCAUCUCACAUGCAAGCCUAGGACUCAUCAAAGACUGGGAGAUUGGGCGAAAUUGACGUGGAGAUUGACUAAAAUGUCAGAGUAGGGCUAUUCCAAUAGCAUUGCCUCUAUUACCAUUUCUCAAGGAUCUCAAUCCUUCUUAAAUUUAAUCAUUAAAUUUUUGUUUUCACAGUUAUAAGACCUUGGGCCUCAAAUUGCCUUCCCUUGAAUCCAUUGAGGCAACAUGUGCUUAUUCACUUUGUUGAUGAAUGAUAGCAUCGGUCAGACGUUGGAAUGACGAAUUAAUAUGAAUCCUACAUAAACAUGUAUGUAUGUAUGUAUGUCAGUCCACCAUGUGAACUGACAUACAUACACACAUACUUCAUUCUUGUGUAAAUAAAACAUAAUCAUAUUUCAUGCCGUCUUUCUAUGCCUGAACGAAUCUCCAUUCUGAUCUGUAUGUGAUCAGAUCCUUGUCUUUUCUCCUGCCUUGAAUCGUGGAAGGAUAUCCAAGGCUUAAUACAUCCAACGAGUUCAAGGUUGCAUGAUCGUAUUGAUUGAUCAAACAUUCAUGUUCGCAUUUAUUAAUAUCAAACUUAUAAAUAAAUCGGCGGUUGUGUUUGUGAAUUAGUUAAAUGAUAGUUAACAAAUCUUUAGGCAAACGCAUCCCUUGGGACACGUUGUGUGUGGACAUGUCUCCACUCCCCACAUAACGUGCCCCUAUUGAAGAUAUAAAUACAAACCGAUUUCAAAGGAGAAAAUAAUAGAAAUCGAAAAUUAUGCUCUCUCCAUUGAAUCAGCAAAUACAGUGUUAGAAAUUAAACUCCAGCACCAUUAACAUAUUGUUGACUUUCAUCUUGAAGGAUUAGAAUUCUCGAUAUUAAAUCUGCACAUUGAACAAAUAAUAUUAGUCUGAUAUAAAUUUAAUCCUAUUUUAACACACUUGAUGAUGAAUGAAUAUGCAGGUCAUGAGUCAUCUCACAUGCAAGCCUAGGGCUCAUCAAAGACUGGGAGAUUGGGAGAAAUUGACGUGGAGAUUGACUAAAAUGUCAGAUUAUAAGACCUUGGGCCUCAAAUUGCCUUCCCUUGAAUCCAUUGAGGUGCUUCUAGUUACAAUUAAAUGACUAGCCCUAUACCUCAGCUUUCAACUACCAAUUUCAGUCCGUGGUGGCCACUUUUCAAAGCUGUAAGAGACCCUCUACCUAAAAAUGUAUGAGAUUAUUCAGUCUAUGUUCAUCUCAGCAGUACCAAAUAAAUAACAUGUAAACCCCAUUACUGAUUUCUCAUAAACUUCAAAUGUCAGGAAAGUGGCUACUGAACAUAGCUUUGGGUAUUUGAGCAUUAGAUUUGUUGCUUCAUGCUUUUGUUUCUGUAGAGUUUUUGUCUGUUGUACGAUCAUUUUCUACUUAAAGGAUGCUUCAGUAUACUGAGGAUGUAAUAGGCACUGCUGUUGUGUACUCCAUCAGCUUUGUACCUUAUUUAAAUCCCAUUGGCCAUUCUUGGCCUCUUGUGGUUAUAAUAUCUAAAUUAAAUAAAAUACAAAACUAGGAAAGUAUUAACUCGUCAA